CAAAUAACCAUUGAAAGUAAAGGUGUAAUCCUUAACAUCUUUAAAAUAACCGUAACUCAUUAAUCAACUCAAUUUACACACUGUAGAUUUUGGCGGCAGCCUCCCACAAACAGUUAAAGCAUACUUAUUAUUUGCAUUGUAUUACCAUACAGGAUGCUGUUUGUUCAUUGGUUUUAGUUCCCAUCAGAGACAAGCUUCCUGAUGUUAUUUGAUUGGUUGAAUAACUUUCACAUGAACAAGGAACAAUAAGGGUGAAAGUGAAAGGAGGCACAAUUACUACGACUAGGAAAAUAGUCUAAAAAUGCGUUUUGAUCUUUGGUUUUGUCUUUCUUUCUACACCAUUGCAAAUGCAGAUCUUGUUUUCAUUAAGGAGGAGCUUAGUUCCAUGCCUCUUUCAGGUUCUGGAAGACAUUCUCUGUGGAUGUUGGCGACAUACAUCACAGGAGAGACACCCUUUCCAGAAUUCACUGCUGUACUGAUGCUGGAUGAUGUUCAAGUUGGUUACUUUGACUCUAACAUCAACAAAUUAGUUCAAUCCAGGCAUUCAGCAAACACACAUCCCAAUGACAUCGCUCAGGACGGAGUUUUUGUUUUAAAUAACAUGUACAUUAGCAUGAAAAGAAGAUUGAGUAUUGUAAAACAGCGCUUUAAUCUGACUACAGGUGUCCAUGUCCAGCAGAGAAAAGCAGGUUGUGAAAUUUUGGACGAUGGAGAAUCAGCCCAGAUGAUGUUCAGGGAUGCUUGUGAUGGAGUUGAAGCUGAUGGAUUGGUUUACAACAUGACAGAGUAUUCAUACUCAACUGGAAAUCCUUGGCAGUUGCAAUGGGAUCAAAUGAAGCUUAUUUAUGUCAAAAUGCGCUAUUCAACCUUUUAUCUCCCUGUUUGCAUUCAAAAAUUAAAGUAUUUCUUAGAAAGAAAAAAGAAAUUGGUGCUUCGUAGGGUGCGUCCCAGAGUCAGGUUCAUAGAGAAGGCAGUCCCUGGAGGGGCUCAGGUGAGCUGCCUGGCCACUGACUUCUACCCCCGACACAUCAACCUGACCCUGCUGAGGGACGGCCAGGCUGUAGCAGAGCAGGAGCUCACAGGGGGGGCAGUGCUGCCCAACAUGAAUGGACUGUACCAAGUCAGGAAGACCCUGGACAUCACCUCCAAGGAGCUGAGAGAGAGACACAACUACACCUGCACCGCUUCUCACCUCAGUAUGGACAACAGGCUGGACAUCAGCUGGCAACCUAAGAACUCACACAAACAUUCCAUAUCCAUGAUCUUGUGUGUCUUGGUAAUCAUACCAAUUUUGAGUUUUGGGGGGAUUGUUUCCGGCCUCUUCCUAUUUAUUAGGAGGGUAAGGAGACGUACUGACUCCAGGACAACUCUGCAGCAGCCGGCUAAUGUUGAUCAAGAGAAUGUGCAACUGAAUCCAUUACCUCACUCUGACAGCUGAUAUUAGCUUUCUUCCUCUUGUUGGGAUUACUGAUGGCAAAACAAUUAGCCUGUAACCACCCCAGAUAACAUUGUAUUUUAGUGUAUAUUCAAUACAUUCAAGAGGAUGUUGUUGCAUUUGUUAUCGCUUAUUUGAGUCCAUUCUUCUAUAAUUUUCUAAUUCUCUUUUCUUUUUUCUUUUUUUUCUGUUAAUGAGUUUGUGUCAUCUCAGAUGACAACUGAUAGUUUGCUAUUGCCAGUAAUCUGUAUGGAAUAGAUGGAGGUUUUUAGACACAACAUUUCACAUUUGGAAGAUCUACACAGGUCUACACCAGGGCAGAAAUGGUAUACCAGGCUGAUUUUAUCAUCAGUAUUUUCUGUUUGGUUGAAGUUUUACGCUGACACAGGAUAAUGAGAAUAAUGUUUCUUUCAUUUUACACUUUUGUAAUGCUAGUACAAGAUGAAUUGAGGAUUUAAUGUAUUUUUUUACAUAACAAAUGUAAUGUUAUGAAUCUCUUCCAAUGAGUCAUUGCUCAGGAAGUGACUUCUUACCCUGUACAAAAACACAAACAAGGGAUUCAGGGACCAGCUCUCAGACAGUGUCCUCAUAAAAUAUUGAUGAUCAAAAAACUGAAUCCAUCCUUUUGUUCUGACACCUGGUUUAUGUGUUUUCUCGAUGAUACCUUCUAAUAGAUAUUGACAAAACCAUUUUUUGCACCACAUCAACAAUAAAAAUGUGACUUAUUCUAAAA